UUCUCCAUUCAGAAUGUGAAAUAAAUUUGAAUUUACAGAGUUUGAAGGGGGUUGAAAUGAAUGCUUGCUCGGAAUAUUAUUCCGCACAAAUAUAGUAAACACAAUUUCUUAUCCCUAAAAACAUCUACGUAUUAAUUUGUUGUUGUUGAAUCAAUCACGUUAGAAAAUGCCUUCAACGAUUCAAGGCGAUGAGGGUAUGAACCCCAUUGUUGUGGCAAUUGAUAAAGACAAGCACAGCUCUUCUGCUGUCAAAUGGGCGGUUGAUCAUUUCGUCAUAAGCAAUCCAGCCCUUGUUUUAGUACAUGUUAGGAUGAAGAACUCACCAAAUCAGGUUGGUGGUAACGGUGCUGGUCAAAGUUCAAAUCGUGGAUUAAGUGAUCAAGAUAGUCAUAAGGUGUUUAUACCUUUCAGGGCUUACUCUGCACGUAAAGGGAUAGCAGUGAAAGAGGUUAUUAUUGAGGAUAUUUCAGUGUCUAAGGGACUUCUAGACUAUAUCAACAACUAUCAUAUCACCAACGUCGUUGUUGGUGCAUCAUCAAGAAGUGCUUUUUCCAGGAAAUUUUGGACUCAUGAUGUUCCAACUAUCGUAAACAAGGCUGCACCCGAUUAUUGUACUGUAUACGUGAUUUCAAAAGGCAAGCAACAAUCCGUCAGACCAGCAGCUAAACCUCUUGCUAGUUCUUCAGCAAGGCUACCAUCUUCCCAACCAUGGUCAGCAGCUAGGCUAAGUAAUUACUCUGAACCAGAAGAUAUAUCCAGAUCAGCAUAUAAAAAUAGUUUUGGACCUGACAUGAUGCCUAAAAGUGGAACAUCUAAUGCAUCAAUCGACAGUCUUGAUUUUUAUUCUAGAGACCCAAAGAAUUCAUAUACUGGCCGCAGUUCUCCCUCCGAUGAUACUGCUCUAUUUGCACCUCUUAGCCGUGGAUCAGUCGAUGUCACAACCCAAAAUCUUGACUUCACUCAAGUUUCAGUAAACGACAAUUCUAGCUCCUCGUCUAUGUGGGAGUCUGAGAUGAGCAGAUUAAAGCUAGAGCUAAAGCAAACCAUGGAUAUGUACAACUCAGCUUGCAAAGACGCUGUCUCCGCAAACCAAACGGCUAAAGAGCUUCAUCAAUGGAAAGUGGAAGAAGGUAGUAGGUUCAAACAGUCUCGUAUUUCUGAAGAGGCAGCUCUCGUUAUGGCUGAGAUGGAAAAAGCUAAAGGCAGAGCUGCUGUUGAAGCUGCUCAAAAAUCACAAAGGUUGGCUGAAAUAGAAGCAAAAAGAAGAAGGUAUGCGGAGUUGAAAGCCAGGCGAGAGACAGAAGAAAAGAAUCUAGCAAUAAAUGAUCUAUCUCGAAAUGAAAUCUGCUAUAGGAAAUAUACGAUAGAAGAGAUUGAGAUAACCACCAAAAGUUUCUCAAAUUCCGAGAAGAUCGGUGAAGGUGGAUAUGGUCCUGUUUACAAAGGGAGACUUGAUCACACUCCUGUUGCCAUUAAAGUUUUGAGAUCCGAUGCUGCACAAGGGAUGCAACAGUUCAAGCAAGAGGUUCAGGUCCUUGGUCUCAUGAGGCACCCAAAUAUGGUGCUACUCUUAGGAGCAUGUCCCGAGUACGGAUGUUUAGUGUAUGAAUUCAUGAAUAAUGGUAGCCUGGAAGAUCGCCUGUUCCGUAAAGGUAACACCCCUCCAAUCCCAUGGGAAAUACGGUUCAAAAUAGCUUCUGAAAUAGCUACAGGGCUUUUAUUCCUUCACCAAGCAAAGCCAGAACCUCUUGUCCAUCGUGACCUUAAACCAGGAAACAUUCUUUUAGACAGCAAUUAUGCCUGCAAAAUUAGUGAUGUUGGGUUGGCUAGGUUAGUUCCACCAUCCGUAGCUGAUUGUGUUACACAAUAUCACAUGACUUCAGCUGCAGGAACUUUUUGUUACAUUGAUCCCGAAUAUCAACAGACAGGAAAGUUAGGGACUAAAUCGGAUAUAUAUUCACUUGGUGUAAUGUUGCUCCAAAUUAUAACUGCAAGGCCCCCAAUGGGUUUAACUCAUCACGUGGAGAGGGCCAUUGAGAACGGAACAUUUGCAGAUAUACUAGAUCCAACAGUGCCAAACUGGCCGUUGGAAGAGGCUCUUAACUAUGCAAAAUUGUCACUCAAGUGUGCUGAGUUGCGGAAGAAAGAUCGACCUGAUCUUGGUUCGGUGAUAUUGCCCGAGCUUAGUAGGCUAAAAGAACUUGGAAUGAGCAGUCUUAACACUGCUUGAUUUUCUUGAAAUAUUUAAAGGAUCAAACAUCAAUCGUCAACCAGGUUGGUGGACUAGUGCCUCAUCAUAAGCAACAGUGGA